GCAACCUUCAAAAUACCAACGGAAAAACCGGUGGGCUUCUUCCUUAAAACCAGACCAAUCGUAGGUAGAAGAAGAGGCUGCAAAGACGAAGAGAGAGCGGAGGAAAACUUUUGCAUUUUCCUCUGAAUUAUAUUCUCUGUCUCUCUGUUUGUAAUUUUGAUCUUCUUCGAUAAUUCCUUGACGACAAUGGGUUGUGGGAAAUCAAAGCACGCUGUUGCCACGGCCGACACGCUUGCCAAGAGCAAGAGCAGAAGCAAGAGCCUGGAGAAAAACCCGCCUGUCGUUGAGGAUCAUGCCAAGUCUGAUGCGGAUCAUGUGAAUGCAAAUGAGGUGAACAAGCCGGCUGAUCAUGGGAAGGUGAAGGAUGAUCAUGAAAUCAAGAAGAAGGAAACUGGUCAAAAAGCUGAGGAGGGAAAGGGAAAAGCCCAGAAAACAGAUGGAAAAGAGAAGGAAAAUGAUGGUGAUCAUGGAAAUGGAGAAUCUGCUGCUGCUGCUGCUGAUGUUGUGGUUGUGGAGGAAAACAAGAAUGGGGAAUUGAAGGAAUCAGGAAAAGAGGAGAAGGUUAAAAAGGAGGUUGAGGUUGAUCAUCAUCAAGAAGAUCAAGGAAAGCUGCUGGUUUCACAUGAUUCUUCUCCUAAUGACUUUUUCUCUCCCCAGAAGGAACAUGGAGAGACCAUUGAAUCCAUCAUCACCGACGGAGUUUCAGGAAAAUCCGACUAUUAUUCUCCACGUGCUAAAGGGAAUGAUGCUGUCGAGGGAAAAGGGAUUGAUGGAGAGGAUAAUUCGAACAAAGAAAAAGAAGAGUCGGUUAAGGUGGAUGAAGGCGAAAAGGUGGCACCGGCUGAUGAAACAAAAGCUUCUGAAGAAGAGAAGACUCCUGCUCUCGCUGCUGAUAAUGAGAAGGCGGAUGGCGCAUCAACUACAGUUGCCAAGGGAUAUUGAAUUGAAGAAGAAGAAGAUUAAAACAGUAGAAGCUGGGGAUCUUUGAUCUUUGUUUGUUUAUCGGUAGUUCAUGAUAUAUAAUUCAUGUAUCUGCUCAUUAACAGACGCCUUCAAUUUUUCUUGUUUUGAGCUCCUUUGCUAAAUUGUCUGAUUUGAUCAUCACAUUUGAAGCGUUAUAUCAAAUAUUUUGCACCUUAAACUAAUGAAAUAUAGUAUUUUCUUAU